AUGGGGAAGGACCAAGGCUUCUCCCGGCACUUUCGGAUCUUCAUCCCCAAAAAGCACCGGGCACGCUUCGACGAGGUGGUGUCGCAGGGCCUGCUGGGCAAGCUGUGCCGCGCGCGAAGGACCCAUGGCGCACAGCGGCUACGCCGGAGCCGUAGCGAGGAGCGGCCCGAGCGCCUGCUGGUGUCCACACGCGCCAGCGCCCCGCCUCGCCGCCCCGACGAGCCACCGCCGCUCAAGGCUGCCUCACUGCUGGGCGGCCACGCCGGCCCGGGGGGCGCACGCAGGACCGUCCGAGUCUACAAGGGCAACAAGAGCUUCGGUUUCACUCUGCGUGGCCAUGGGCCUGUCUGGAUCGAAUCCGUUCUUCCAGGCAGCCCAGCCGACAAUGCUUCCCUCAAGUCAGGGGACCGGAUCCUCUUCCUCAAUGGACUAGACAUGAGGAACUGCUCCCACGACAAGGUAGUGUCCAUGCUGCAGGGCAGCGGUGCCAUGCCCACACUGGUGGUGGAGGAGGGGCUUGUCCCGUUUGCCAGCGACUCUGACUCACUGGAUUCCCCCAACCCAUCAUCAGCGCUCACCUCCCUGCAGUGGGUGGCGGAGAUCCUGCCAUCCAGCAUCCGUGUCCAGGGGAGGACCUUCAGCCAGCAGCUGGAGCACCUGCUCACGCCCCCUGAGCGCUAUGGGAUCUGCCGGGCCCUCGAGAGCUUCUUCCAGCACAGAAACAUCGACACCCUCAUCGUCGACGUCUACCCCGUACUGGACACACCUGCCAAGCAGGUCCUCUGGCAGUUCAUUUACCAACUGCUGACGUACGAGGAGCAAGAGCUGUGCCAGGAGAAGAUCGCGUGCUUCCUGGGCUACACGGCCAUGACAGCAGACCCUGAGCCUGAGCCAGAGUCGGAGCCGGAGCCUACACCUGAGCCACAGCCACGCAGCUCUCUGAGGGCCGCCUCCAUGUGCCGCCGCAGCCUCCGGGCCCCAGGCCUGGAUACUAGCCUCAGCUGCAGUCCCAGUGACUGCCCUGAGAUGCCUCUUCCUCUGGUCCCAGGCGAGCGCCAGGCAGGAGAUGGCACAUCCCUCCCUGAGACCCCCAACCCUAAGAUGAUGUCUGCGGUCUAUGCAGAACUUGAGUCCCGACUGAACAGCAGCUUCAAAGGGAAGAGGGGGACCAUGUCCAAAUCCCGGGCCUCCCCUCCAGUGCCUAGUCCGGCAGGCACCGCAGGGCCCAGGACCCUGUCCAGCGUCUCGUGGCCCAGCGAACGGCUGCUGCCCUCCCCCUGCUACUAUCCACUGUGCUCGGGGGACCUGGCCUCCCCCAGCAGCUCUGAGUCCCACCCCUACGCCAGCCUGGACAGCAGCAGGGCACCCUCCCCGCAGCCAGGCCCCGGGCCCGCCCACCCUGACAGCCCCCCCAGCCCGGACCCUGCCCGCCCGCCCAGCCGCAGGAAGCUCUUCACCUUCUCCCGCCCUGUGCGGAGCCAAGACACCGACCGCUUCCUGGAUGCACUGAGCGAACAGCUGGGCUCCCGCGUCGCUGUCCUGGAUGACUUCCUGACCCCUGAGAAUGACUAUGAGGAGAUGAGCUUUCAUGAAGACCAGGGCAGCUUUGUAACCAACGAGCGGAGCAGUGCCAGCGAGUGCAUCAGCAGCAGCGAGGAGGGCAGCUCCCUGACCUACUCCUCCAUCUCUGACCACAUCCCCCCGCCCCCACUCAGCCCCCCACCACCACCACCCCUGCCCUUCCAUGACACCAAGUCCAGCUCCCGCAACCCGGAUGGUCCCCGGGGCCCUGCUCAGGCGCUGGCCAAGCCCCUCUCCCAAUUCAGCCACCCAGUCCCUCCACCACCCCCACCACCCCUGCCCCCACCCGUGCCUUGUGCACCCCCCAUGUUGUCCCGAGGCCUGGGCCACCGCCGUAGCGAGACCAGCCACAUGAGCGUCAAGCGCCUGCGGUGGGAGCAGGUGGAGAACUCGGAAGGCACCAUCUGGGGUCAGCUCGGGGAAGACUCUGACUAUGAUAAGCUGAGUGACAUGGUGAAAUACCUCGACUUAGAGCUCCACUUCGGCACCCAGAAACCUGCCAAGCCGGCGCCCGGACCCGAGCCCUUCAGGAAAAAGGAGGUGGUAGAGAUCCUGUCCCACAAGAAGGCCUACAACACCUCCAUUCUCCUGGCUCACCUGAAGCUGAGCCCCGCCGAGCUGCGCCAGGUCCUCAUGAGCAUGGAGCCCCGGCGCCUGGAGCCCGCGCACCUGGCGCAGUUGCUGCUCUUCGCGCCGGACGCCGACGAGGAGCAGCGCUAUCAAGGCUUCCGCGAUGCGCCCGGCCGCCUGAGCGAGCCCGACCAAUUCGUGUUGCAGAUGUUGUCGGUCCCCGAAUACAAGACCCGCCUGCGCAGCCUCCACUUCCAGGCCACCCUGCAGGAGAAGACAGAGGAGAUCCGAGGCAGCCUUGAAUGCUUGCGCCAGGCCUCCCUGGAGCUCAAGAACAGCCGGAAGCUCGCCAAGAUCCUGGAGUUUGUAUUAGCCAUGGGCAACUAUCUCAACGAUGGCCAGCCCAAGACCAACAAGACCACCGGUUUCAAGAUCAACUUCCUGACGGAGCUGAACUCCACUAAGACGGUGGACGGGAAGUCCACCUUCCUACACAUCCUUGCCAAAUCGCUGAGCCAGCACUUCCCGGAACUCCUGGGCUUUGCUCAGGACCUGCCCACUGUGCCCCUGGCUGCCAAAGUGAACCAGCGGGCCCUGACCAGCGACCUCACAGACCUCCAUGGCACAGUCAGGGAGAUACAGGCUGCCUGCCAGAGCAUGGCCCCCUCCAGCGAUGACAAGUUUGCCGUGGUCAUGGCGUCCUUCCUGGAGACGGCCCAACCAGUGCUGCGGGCACUGGACGGGCUGCAGCGCGAGGCCACGGAGGAGCUGGGAAAAGUGCUGGCCUUCUUCGGGGAGGACUCUAAAGCCACCACCUCUGAGGCCUUCUUCGGCAUCUUCGCGGAGUUUAUGAGCAAGUUCGAGCGAGCGCUCUGUGACCUGCAGACCGGGGAGGGCUCGCGCAGCUCCGGCAUGGUGUCGCCCCUGGCCUGGUGA